CCCCGCUGUAAAUCUGGAAGGAAAGCAUGAAUAGCAGGAGACAGAGAGACCCUAUUGAGACGAGCCUUUCUUUACAUCGAAACUUAACUCCAUUCCCUCCACUAUUACACCUUGACAAGGAGAGUCCUGGCAAAUAAUGGGUUGUGUGGGGACACCACUGCUGCGGGCUGCAUCCCUGUAAUUGCUGAGCACUUCCUGGUACAGGAGGCGGUUGGGAUGGCAUGGGAUUGGGCGGGUCUCCAAAGACACACACACUUUUUAUGGUAACCGCCUUGAGACGCACACACACACACACAGACACCUUUCAUCUGAAGAGAUUUCUAUUCUAUUUUUGAUGUUUUAUUUUCAUAUAACUCGGCAUAGAGUUUUGAUUCCCUUAAAGGACACGUUAUUCGAAAACACACACUUUGACCCGCCGUCUUUAGCACACACACUUCCAUUGACAGACGGAGAUCAAAUCUAAAUAGGAAAGGUAUUCAUUAACAUUUUAAUCGUGAAAUAUGUAGUACAAAAAAGGGGACGUAUAGAUAGCCGCACAAAAUACACAGGCUCGUACACUUAUCCUAAUACACACACGCACAAAGACUCUUGGCAGAUGGUGAACCACGAGGUCGACAGGGCUGUAAAACAAGCCUGUUCUCUUUGUCCACCUACGCAGCCCUUUGCACAGUGUGUCUAUCAGAUGGCGGCUCUUUAUCAAGGUGUGGCUGACAGCGGCUCCACACAAAGCUCUGUUAAACAGGAAUAUGGGAGGCCUGCUUUCAAUAACUGGGGUGCUGUGGCUGCACUCGCAUCGCUGCCAAGCAGCUCUCUCUCUCAGGUUGCUGCCAUUUUGCACUGUGUGUGUGUGUGUGUGUGCAUGACUCAGCUGAUGUCGGUCUGGUGACUGCUGCUUCCUUGUUGUAAAAUGUAGUCAUUUGUUAAACGUGUAAGGGGUGUGAUGUCACCUGCAGUUUGCAUUAUGGUGACUCAAACCGUGGAAGGAAAGUUGGCUUUGCUGUUUUGGUUGUGGAACAUCUGACUGGCUGUUGUGUUGUUCGGUUGUUCAGCGGUCACUAUCAGUACCUUCCUACACCCACAAACCUUGGACAUUAUCACAUAAACAUUUGCCUUUUUUGAGGCUGUUCCCCAUUUCAUUUCAAGUUAUAACAGUAAAUUAUUAUUAUUGUUAUAAAGUAUUUUACAUACAGCCUAAACAUAGUAUAAAAUAUAAACACGCGGCUGAGUGACAGGUGUUGGGUGUUUGCGUCUCUCCUGGUUAUCCUGCUGUAUGUGUUAUUAUAUGGUUGCAUGGAUGCACCCAUGUCAAUUAUCAGACUGUUGGGAGGAAGAAAGGAGAUUAGACUUAAUUGCAAACCGUAGUUUGCCUGGGUGUUUCCUCCCCACUCAAAUCACUGAGACAGAAAAAGUGAUAAGUAGACUUGCCAAUGCGAGCAGACUAAUACUAUGUUGCUCAACUGCAUACCUGCCACUGGAUUUGCCAUAAUAGACACAAUAUGAUAAUUUCAUGCCGUAGAAAUAGUGAUUCUGAAAAUGAUGCAGCUGGAUAAGUUGAAAUAAACUGAACUUCAUAAUAGAUAUAAUAUAUAAGAUCAUAUUUGAGGGCUUUAGGUUUAAGUGAAGGUUCAUUAAUAUGCUUGUAUUGUAUUAGUUCAUCUCUUACACACAUUUCAGAUACAGAAAUCAUUGUUUGACUGUUGAGCUUUGCAUAUUUAAAAAACAUUGAGGCUUUGCUGUUCAGUGUGUAAAAUUAAAAAUGAUUAUUUUAUCUUUGGUUUGUGCCAAACGGUGAAAUCCAUUCAGGUUGGCUCUCUGCUCUCAUGUUACCACCGGGUUCAUACAACAGAGGCUAACAGGAAAUGAAUAUUGAAUGAAGCUAAACUUAGAGGUGAGGAGGGGCAGGUGUGGGAUACAUAAUCUUUGGUAGUUAGUUUGUCUUGAGCUGCUGUUGUUUGAAACUGCAGGCGGCAACUGUUGCCAAGGGUCCCAUCACCAGAGUAACUGGCGGUUGUUGACGUUGGUCUUGUGGGUUUUCCUGCUAGCAGAGUGACAGUGGGUUAAACUGCUGACACACACGGGAUUUCUCCUCUGUCAAGUCUGUCCCUCCGUCUCCGGGUUUGCCGUUGGUCUCGGCCGUGGCGUCGGACUGCGAGGUUGAGCGCGCACAUAGCAGAAGAGGACCAGGCCGAGUGGGUUGUCAGGGAGUCCGGCUGUCCUUGUGACUGCAGUGUGACUGCAUGCUGAAGAGGUCGCCCACAGUGCAGGAAACAUUUGCAGGCAUUAUCAGCAAUCGGCAUCAGCGCAAGGAGAUGUCAUCCAAGUGCUUGGUGGAGCGCUGCAGUAAAGUCCAGGCACAGGAGACCAGACUGGAGAAGAUAGAAGGCAAGAAGGCAAAGAAGAAGGAAGUGGAGGUUCCCCACGGGGACAACAGGCUUGCGGGAAGCUUGAGGCAGGAGGAGAAAAAAGGAAGAUGGCCUUCGUCACCUUGCCAAAGAGGCAUGCAAAAAGCCUCAUCCCAAAGUGGACUGGAGCAGGUCUGGAGAGAGGAGACACAGAACAAGAAAGCAAGAAAGGGCUUUUCCCAACAAGAAAACCAGAAAGGCUCAGGUAGCGGCCAGAUGGACCGAUGCAUUCUGAGGUCCUUCGCCAGGGGCUCCUUCCCGCGCAGGGAGCGGCAGCGGCAGGCAGAGGAGUGCCGGGGUCCAGGGCCUUUCUACUUCUUUGGAGGAACCAAUGGUGCUGAAAUCGUGAGCAGUUACUUUGAGGGCAGAGGAUGGAAGAGGAUUGACAACAAGGACAGGGAGGAUUUAAAACUCAAGUGGUGUGAGACCAAAUCGCCAGCAAACUACCUUAACUUCAAAGAAGGUGAACAGCUGGUGUACCAGCUUCCCAGCAACAGGGUGCUCACCACAAAGAUCGGCCUCCUCAACAGUCUGCGGGAAUAUGAGCGAGUCAGCAGCAAAGUGAACCACGGUCAAGGACCCAGGUUAAAGCUGAAAAUGGAGGAGUUUAUUCCCACUACCUUCCGCAUGGAUGUGAAGGAAGAGAGGGAGGUUUUCUUUGCCCAGCAGGAAGCAGGUGUGAGCAACGCUGAGAGUCACAUGUGGAUCUGUAAGCCGACGGGUCUGAACCAAGGCAGAGGCAUCUUUCUGAUCAUGAACCCGGAGGACGUCGCCGCCUUCAGACUAAAGCUGCAACACACAGAGGAACACAAGAAGAUGCACCACCGCCAACCUCAGGCUCGCAUCGUCCAACAUUACAUCCAGAGGCCGCUGCUCCUGAGAGGGAAAAAGUUUGACGUGCGCUCUUACCUUCUGAUCGCCUGCACUGCACCUUACGUGGUCUUCUUUCGGCAUGGAUACGUGCGACUGACCUGUGACCUCUACGACCCCAGCUCUAACAAGCUGUCUUCCCACCUGACAAAUCAGUACAUGCAGAAGAAGAACCCCAUGUACAGCCAGCUGAAGGAGGACACCGUGUGGUCCAUGGAGAGCUUCAACACCUACGUCAAUGACAAGUUUCAGGUUGCCAAGGGUCUGCCCAGGGACUGGGUGAUGGGCGCCUUCGCAAAGCGCAUGCAGCAGAUAAUGACCCAGUGUUUCUUGGCAGUCAAAUCCAAGUUUGACCGCCGACUGGGCUUCUUUGAAUUGAUCGGCUGCGACUUUAUGGUCGAUGAGGACUUCAAGGUUUGGCUGUUGGAGAUGAACAGUAAUCCAGCUCUCCAAACGAAUUGUAAGGUGCUGAAGGAGGUGAUACCCAGCACUGUUGUGGAGACGCUGGAUAUAACUCUGGAGAUCUUCGACAAGUGCAGGCUCAAAGAGAGAAUUCUUCCUUUGGCCAGUCAGAGGGACUUUGUUCUGCUCAACAGAAUUAUUCCCCGUGAAUCAGUGGCGGUCUGCAGCGAGAGCCUAACCCUAACCCAGAAGAAUCACAGGUCUCGAGUUGAACUCAAGCUCAGCAAAUGUUCUCUGCAAUAUUGUCCCCAAGCUGCAGAUGAAGCGAAGGACUCUAAGGUGCAGAAGAAGACUGUAACCAAGCCGCUAUCGCCACCAGGGAUCACCGCCUGCGGCUUGCCAGAGACGACACCGUUCCCUCUGCUCUGUGGAAAAGAACGUGAAGCGCAGCUCAGACUGGACAGAACCAGCUUUGUUUGUAAGACAUAAGAGGGACUGUGUGGUGCGUUAUGUGCAGACAGCUGGGCUCUGGAGAUCUCUGUCUCAACAAAAAAAAAGUGUUCCUUUUGAUAUCUGCGUAUGUCAUAAAAUGUUGCAAUUACA